GCCGCCGUCGGGCGCUCGCCACGGGAAAGGGGUGGCUGGGGACCUAGAGCGACGCCGGCUCCGUUUCCGUUUCCGGGUCGCCUCCCAGCUCGGGGCGAAGCGAGGCGUGAGGGGAGGCGGGAGGACUCGCUCGCCGUCGGAGCCGCCAUCGUUGCCUGACCUCGCUAUGCCCAAAGGAGGUAAAAAAGGGGGCCAUAAAGGCCGAGCACGACAAUACACAAGCCCUGAAGAGAUCGAUGCCCAGCUCCAGGCUGAGAAGCAGAAGGCCAAGGAAGAGGAAGAGGAGCAAGAGGAAGGAGGCUCUGGGGCAUCUGGAGAACCCAAGAAGAAGGAGAAAUCGCUAGAUUCGGAUGAGAGCGAGGAAGAAGAGGGUGAAGACUAUCAGCCAAAGCACAAAGGAGUGGAAGGCAUGAUCGAUAUUGAGAAUCCCAAUCGUGUUGUGCAAACGGCUAAAAAAGUUACCCAGAUAGACAUGGAGAGCCCCAGGGAAUUGUCGCGGAGAGAACGAGAAGAGAUUGAAAAGCAGAAAGCGAAAGAAAGGUACAUGAAGAUGCACCUCGCAGGGAAAACAGAGCAGGCGAAGGCAGACCUCGCCCGGCUAGCCAUAAUCCGGAAACAGAGGGAAGAGGCCGCCAAAAAGAAGGAAGAGGAGAGGAGAGCUAAAGACGAAGCGGCUUUGGCAGGCAAAAGGAUGCAGUCCCUCUCCCUCAACAAGUAAGCGCGGGCCACCCGAGAGGAGGGAAAUCCCAGGGACCGUGCUCGGCGGGGCACCCUUCGGACUCGCUGCGGCGUCACUUCCCAGAGAGGCUGCAGGAGGAGCACGGCAGCAGCGACGUCACCGUCACCUCUUAAGCGAAACUGACCGCUCCAUGUUUGUCUUCAUCUGGGCACAGAAUUCCAUGGGGUUAUUGGGGGGGGGCAGGCGAGGGAGGGAAAGGGGGGGAUCCGGGAACUCUUAACCUUUGGCGCAGGAUCGUGAGAAUGGCUAACGGUUGCAUAUAAUGACCGUUUCGGGAGGGAAACGCCGCCGGCUGAACGGUUCGACGUGUUUCGAUUUCAGAUCGCCUCUCCGGUGGCCGAAAGGGAGGGAGGCAAAACGACGCGGGAGAUUUGAUGGGGAGGGGGUGGAAUGCUUUCAGCUAGCUUUCAGGGAACUAGGCAGAUUGGGGAAGGGGUGAGGGUUGGUAGCUUUGACCCCUGUAGAUGCAAUUCCAAAGUGGGGAGGGGGGAACACCAUGCGCUUCGUAAUAGGCCCUUGACUGCAGAACAGCCCAGGGAAGUGAACAGCAAGGGGGUGGUGUGUGGAAUCCUCGGCCCUAUCUAGCCCUCUGGCUAUUUGGUUUUUCUCUUCCCCGCCCCGUUAUUUUUUUUUUUAAGCCGUCCUUUUCAUUUCUUUCCUCCUCCUCUGGAAAUGGAUAGUGACUUUUUAAAACUUUGGCAAAACGAAAACCAGAGAAACGCUCUUCUUGAUUGUGCAUCUUCUUGGAACAGAGGCAGACGAGAAACAAAAACCUGUAUAUUUGGCUGAAUAAAAUUUAAAUUAUCGUAA